CAAUUUGUCAACUUGGCUCUGCAGCGAAAGUGACACGCAAACAAAUUCCAAACAGCUGUGUAACAGCUAGAAAGAAAAAAUUUAGCAAUAAACUAAUUUUAAAGUAUAUAAAUAUAAAUAUGUCUGCUAUCGAUGAAUUACAGGCGAAAAUCGCCGAACUAAAAGUCGAAUUGGAGCGGCAAAAUAGUGUGACCAGAGCGGCGCGAGAGCGCAUUGAAAAAAUGUCUGCAGAGGUAGUGGACUCCAAUCCUUACAGUCGCCUUAUGGCACUCCAACGCAUGGGCAUUGUUAAAGAAUAUGAGCGAAUACGGGAAAAAACCGUGGCUGUAGUUGGUAUCGGUGGCGUUGGCAGCGUUACGGCUGAUAUGUUAACGAGAUGUGGCAUUGGUAAACUAAUACUUUUUGAUUACGACAAAGUUGAGUUGGCAAACAUGAAUCGGCUAUUCUUCACUCCUGAUCAAGCGGGUUUGUCAAAGGUGGAGGCGGCAGCUCGCACUUUAAGCUUCAUUAAUCCUGAUGUACACAUCGAGACGCACAACUAUAACAUAACUACAGUGGAGUCAUUCGAUAAGUUCUUGAACACAAUUUCUCACGGUGGCAUACUGGCAAAUACGUCAGUUGACCUUGUCUUAAGUUGUGUAGACAAUUUUGAAGCUCGCAUGGCAAUCAACGCCGCUUGCAAUGAACUCGGCUUGAAUUGGUUCGAAUCAGGCGUUUCAGAGAAUGCUGUUUCAGGGCAUAUACAAUUUAUACGUCCCGGAGAAACUGCAUGUUUCGGUUGUGCUCCACCUCUGGUGGUAGCAGAAAAUAUAGACGAGAAAACUCUUAAACGUGAGGGAGUAUGUGCCGCUUCACUUCCCACCACGAUGGGAAUAACAGCAGGUAUUUUGGUUCAAAACACACUCAAGUAUUUGCUCAAUUUCGGUGAGGUAUCUGAUUAUUUGGGCUAUAAUGCAAUGAAUGACUUCUUUCCGCGAAUGAGUUUGAAACCAAAUCCGCAAUGUGAUGACCGGCAUUGUCAAGAACGUCAAAAAGAAUAUCAAUCGUGUCCAAAAGCUAUCGUGGAAGAAAGUAUUGUAGAAGACGAUGCGCCACUGCAUGAAACAAAUGAGUGGGGUAUUGAGUUGGUGGAUGACUCGCCACCAGUGGCGCAAGCGACUGGAGGCUUAAACCCUACAGUGUCUGGUAGUGAUGUUGCAGCGGGGCUGCGUUUGGCUUAUGAAGCACCUGACAACACAGCAGCAGACUCAUCAACAGUUACUGGAACUACUAAUGUGGAUUUAGAUGAUUUGUUUGCGCAAAUGAAGGCAUUAUAAGACCAAGUGAUAAAAUUUGAGAUACUAAAAUAUUCCAAUAAAUAAUAUUAUACAAUUUUUCAAUGCAUAA